AUGACUUCAGAACAUCAGACCAUGGAAGCACCGAACGAGGCCGAGCUGUGUUUCCCAACGAUCAACAACUCUUGCCGAAGGAGCCCACGCCCAGAGCUGGAGAGCACCGUCAUCUACAUCGUGUUAUCUGCCAUCACGGCCAUGACUGUGGUCCUCAACCUGCUCGUCAUCAUCUCCAUCUCACACUUCAGGCAGCUCCACACCAGCACUAACCUCCUCCUCCUCUCUCUGGCCGUGACAGACUUCCUCGUUGGCUCAAUCCAGAUGCCCUUCCAGAUCUUCUACUUUGGGGGCUGCUGGCUGCUCGGUGACCUCUCGUGCGUCGUCUGUUUCGUCAGCGGAUACCUGGUGAUCGGCGUCUCGUGCGGGAAUAUGAUUCUUUUAUCGGCCGAUCGGUACAUAGCCGUUUGCGACCCCUUACUGUACCACUCUAAAGUGACUAUCAGACGUGUUCAAGCCUGCGUUUGUAUCUGCUGGAUUUCUGUUAUUGUUCACGUCAGUUGGAUCAUGAGGGAUUUUGUCAAACAGCCGGGCGUCUUUAACACGUGCGUUGGCGAGUGUGUGUUUGUGUUAGUACACCCAGAAGAAGGAAUUGCUGACAUAGUGAUCAGUUUGGUGAGCCCUUUCACGAUCAUCACGGUGCUGUAUUUGAAAGUGUUUACCGUUGCAGUGUCGCAGGCCCGUGCCCUGAGAUCUCAAAUCACCUCUCUGGGUCUGCAGCCUUCAGGGGCAAAGAAAAUGGAGCUAAAAGCAGCCAAAACAUUAGGGGUUCUGCUCAUCGUUUUUAUCAUCUGUUGUAGUCCAUAUUAUGCAUUUACUCUCUCGGCUGAGACCCCUCACCUAGACCCUUUGUCUGGAGUUGUUGAGGUUUGGCUCAUCUGCUUCAACUCCUGUAUAAACCCCAUAAUCUACGCUUUUAGUUACCCCUGGUUUAGAAAGUCUAUUAAACAUAUCGUAACACUUCAGAUUUUCAAGCCCAACUCCAGGAAUAGCAGGAUACUUUAAGAAUUAUAAAAUAAA